AUGGCGGCUGGACAGAAGAUGAGGAAGGUACAUUCCGUGGCCAUCCUGGUCCUCAAAGCCCUCAACCGCUUUCUUUGGAUCCGCCUCUUCCGGAUGGAGUUCUUGAGAUCGUUCAUCGCGUCUAUGGAACUGGGGGAGUUCCUGGCCUCAAUAGACAUGAAGGAUGCUUACUUUGUGGCUCUCCCGUUCGGGCUGGCCACAGCUCCCAGAGUCUUUACAAAGGUUCUGGCCUCGGUCAUGGCUCUGCUCCAUGCCAGGGGAAUAGUAGCAAUUCCAUACUUGGAUGAAAUCCUCAUAAAGGGUCUAUCAUUCCGGGCAACGGCGGACAGCCUGCACAUUGUCCCGGACACCCUGGAACGCUUCGGAUGGGUUCUGAACCGGCCAAAGUCAUGUCUCCAUCCAUCUCAGAGGCUUACUUUUCUGGGCAUGUUAUUCGAUACCUUUUACCUUUCAGGCCAAGAUAUAAUGGACUAUAUGGCUUUAACAGAAAAGUGUGACUUGGAAAUGCACUUGAAGAUCUCAUCUAUCAGUUGCCAACCUGGAGAUGUCCUGCUAAAAUUCCAAGGAACAUAUAUCUCUGAUUCUGAAUUUGACUAUCAUAUACUACAGAAAGAAAUACAACUAGUUCCAAAAAACCAUGAGGACAUUGAUAUUGGGCAGUUUUGCUUGGCACAAGAUAAACCUCUUGGAAUAUGGCACAGAGGAAAAGUUUUGGAUAAAGUCAAUCAAAAAUUUGAAGUUGUGCUAAUAGAUCAAGGCAAUGUCCUCAAAGUUCCUGCUCAACAAAUUGCUUCCGCUACUGGUGAAUUAUUCACUCUCCCUCCUAAGGUGGUCAGCGGAAUAAUUUCCAAUUUACUUCCACUUGAAAAGAAGUGGACUUCACGAGCCGUAAAUUAUUUUUCCUCCUUGGUCGGUCAGCAGCUUCAUGGAAACGUGAAAACCUUCUUACCUCAUCAAGUUCUUUUAGAAAUACCAAAAAUCAUUAGCUAUGCCAUUGAGCUCAGUUUAGCAAAAUAUAUCGAUUCGGAGUCCUUUUGCCUUCUCGUAGAAAUUUUACACAAGUUCCCAGCAAACUCUCACUGCAAACAAAUGCCGGACUUGCUGCAACAAAAGGAAAUAGGCUCUGAUGUCACGUUUACAACUUCUGACAGUCUUCCACGUUUUCAAAAGAUGCUAGAUCACCUGAGACCUGAAUUGUGUGCCGGUACCAUGGAAAAAAUUAAAAUUUCUGCUGCCAUAAGCCCAGAUCGUUUUUUUUGUCAUAUCCUGUCAUGGGAGAUAGAGUUGGGUAAAUUGACCUCUUCUAUGUGCUCUUAUUAUGAGACUGCAGUAACAGGACCAAGUUCCACACUUGGUAGUUUUGGUGUACUCUGCUCUGCCAAGCGGAGAGAUGGCUUAUGGUAUAGAGGAGUUAUCCAGAAAUUAAUCUCUUGUAAUGACGUGAAGGUCUGGUUUAUUGAUAUUGGUUGUAGUGAAAUCAUACAAUCCACCAACGUGCAGAGGCUGCAGCAAGAAUUCUUGUCUUUACCCAUGAUGGCUAUCCCAUGUGCAUUAUCUCGGGACAAUGACCAUAUAGAAGGUGUUGGAAAUUUGCAGCUAGCUCUUUUUAAAGAAGCCCUGAUGGGACAUGUUGUCAUUGGUCACAUAAAAGACUUUUGCAGUGAAGAUCGUUUGUAUUAUUUAUCAUUACACGCAAAAGAGUUCGAAUUCAGUGCAGACUGUCAUUUGACGAACAAGGAAGUUCCAUUUUUUUCUCCGCGUUCAUGUACAGGCAAUACAAAUUCAGUCGUUAAUGAGAGCUGUCAAAGCACCUCUUCUCCUGAGACCUUCACAACCAUGGAGAUGGAAUACAUUGAAACCGUUUCUUACAAAUCAGUGAAGAUGGACUUAGAUGCAGUCCACAUAGUCUAUGUUGAGUAUGUAGUAAACCCCUCAAAUUUUUGGAUAAGAGUUGACGAGUAUCAAAAGGAGUUUACUGACAUGAUGGCUGAGAUUGCAAAAAAAUACAAUAAAUGUGAGCUUAUGGAGAUGGUUUUGCAAGAUCCCAAACCUGGUCAACUUUGCUGUGCCCUUUACGCUUUAGACGGACAUUAUUACAGGGCUAUCAUCACUGAUGUGCUUAGUCCGCAAAUUACAGUUUUCUUUUUUGACUUUGGGAAUACAGAGACCAUUCCUUUCUACGAUGUAAAGGUGUUGUUGCCGGAGUUAAGCGUCUUGCCUGCAUUUGCAAUGUGCUGCUCUCUAGCAUAUGCCUAUCCUGUCGAUGACGUGUGGGUUAAGAGUGCAAAUGCCUUUUUUAAAGAAACCAUAGACGGGAAAGCUCUUCUUUGCCAUGUUCUUGCAAAACAAAAGUCCAAGUACGUGGUGGAAAUGCGGCUGUCUGAGAGCUCUUCAGAUAUUGUCAGUCUUUUGGUUCAAGCUGGAUUUGCAGAAUUCUGGAAAGUGGACUUAAAUUCUAACUCGCUAAACCUGGGCUGCCAGUCCCCAGACAACGAUACAAAAAAUAGCAAAAACGUUGCCAAACCUAAAGGAACCAUUGCUCAUUCCAUACGUGCAGAUGCACACUUAUCCUUGGCCAACAGUUUGCAAACACCUGGAUUUACCCCAAUUUGUUACAAACAAUAUAUGUUCAAACCUGGGGCUAUUAUGGAUGUAGAAUGUUCUUAUGUGGACUCGCCAGCCUGUUUCUGGUGUCAAAUGCCAGAAAAUACCUCCAAACUAUCAACCUUAAUGAAAGAAAUGCAGAAAUGUUAUAGUUGUUGUGACAACAGAUACCAACAUGGACAAGUUGCCUGUGCUGCAAAGUCCUCCAGCAGUGGCAAGUAUGUUCGAGCAGUCGUUUCAAAAUAUGUUUCGGCUGAUGAAGUUGAGGUUAUUUCAAUUGACUUUGGGAAUACCGAAAAAGUGUUUAUUUCCGAACUUCGUGCAAUUGAACCUCAGUUUCUUAAACUGGAAGGCCAAGCUUUUCGAUGCUGUUUGAGUCAAUUGUUUUCUCCCCCAUACGUUCACUAUGAAUGGUCUGCUAAAGCGGUUGAAGAUUUUCAAAGUCUUGUUCGGUCUGCUUCCAAUGUAAUGAAAUGCACCGUGAUUUCUGUGUUCAUUAAUAGUUUUGGGGAUCUGUGUAAUGUUGUAAACUUGGAAACAAGUCUUGGUAAUGCAAACAAAAUAUUGACUGACAAGGGUCAUCUAGUUUUAAGAAAACACAUUCCCUCUCUCCAUUUGCAUACAUUUUGCUACUCCAGUUUUGACCUUAAAGUAGGAAGCGUAGAAGAGGUCUACGUGACUUUCAUAUAUAAAACUGGAAGGUUUUACUGCCAUCUUGCAAGAAAUGAAAACCUCUUUGAGAUAUUGAUGAAGAAAGUAGCUAAGAUAGGUGAUCAGUUAAAGCCAGCGAUGAAACCAAAUGAGCUCUGCAUUGUUAAAUACGUUGAUGGCAAUUUUUACAGGGCAUUAAUAUUCCCCAUGGAUUCCUCGUCUCUCUUUCUAGCAUUUUUUGUAGAUUUUGGAGAUAGCCAGCAGGUGGAAAAGAGUGAAUUGAUUGCUAUUCCAGAAGAUGCUUAUGAUAUUUUACUUGAACCAAUGCAAGCUAUUCCAUGCUAUCUGGCCGGCAUGAAAGAAUCCCCUCUUACAGUGGAGGCCAAGGCCUGGUUUGAAGAGGAAUACCUUGGUGAACCAUUAAGGGCUGUUGUAGUGGAUAAAGACCACGAAGGACAUUUGGAGCUGGAAUUAUAUAGUGGAAGUAUCUCCAUAAACCAAAAAAUUGCAUUAUUGUUAGGGGUUAAAUCCAUUCCAAGCAAAGCUAAACAAUCGGAGACAAAAAAUCUGCAUCGUGUAGACAGUCUUGAUUCUUUACCUAAAAGCACAUUGCAAAAAAAGACUGAUAGAACUGUAGUAAAAUCUGUAGACCCUAUCAAUGACAAGAACAUUUCUUGCAAUACAAAGUUUUUAAAAGCUGUUGAUCUUCCUCAAACAUCUAUAGAUCCAGAUACCACUUGUCUUGUUUAUGCUUCCCACAUAGACAGUCCCUCAAGUUUUUUUGUGCAACUUGUCAAACAAGAGAAAGAGGUCAUUCACCUGGUUGAAGAGCUGAAUAAAAUGUCAUUCCAAGUCAUUGAUAAACAAAACUUUGAGAAAGGUCUUCUAGUUGUCGCUCAGUAUCCGGAUGAUGAUGCAUACUAUCGAGCAGAAAUUAAAGACUUUCUCCAAGACCGUUUUUGUGUCGAGUUUAUUGAUUAUGGUAAUGUAGCCAGUGUGGAUUCUUCAUGCAUUUUCAUUCUUCCUGAAAGGUUCUCAAAUAUACCCAGAUUAAGUGUCCCUGUCUUCCUCACUGGGGUACAGAAACUACAAGGCCAUACUGAGUGGAGUAAAAGUGUUACUAAAAUGUUUUCUGAGAAAGUUAAAAGUGAACCAUUCAAUUGCAAGUUCAUUUGCAAACAUGGCCUUCAGUGGGAGGUCGGUAUAACCUUAGGACAGUCACUUUCAGAAGAACUUCUUAGAAGCUUUGAGUGUUCUUCCAAAAUACCUUCUGCAGUUACCAAAGACAGUGUUCCAAAAUCGGACCCGAGCCCUUUUAAUAGCUCAUGUGAAAGCACACAAGGGGAAGCUGCUGCCGAUAAAAACAAUGGCAGAUUUUGUAUCAAGACAGUAAAGCCUGGCCUAAUGGAAGAAGUAAAAAACAUACAUAUUUCCGAGUUUGGAACACUUUUUGUCACCUUAGUCAAUUUUCCUGAGGAAUCCGAAUUAAAUUCACACAUUGCUGCCACUGUCAAGCAAGUUGGCAACCGACUUUUAGUCAAGGAUAUAUCUGAGGGAAUGAUCUGUUUGGCAAAAUCUGAAAAGAUGCAAAUUUGGCUCCGAGCCUGUGUUGAAAAACUCAUCCCAAACACAAGGAAGAUGCUAGUAUUAUUUGUUGACCAUGGUGCACAUGAAAUAAUUAGCAUGCACAAUGCCAAAAAGCUCUCUUUGGAAGGGAUUUCUAUUCCUAGGCAAGCACUAGUGUGUAAAUGGCCUGGGACUGAACAAAUUGGUGAAAAUGUGAUUGCAGCACAAUUAAAAUCAAUUUUGCAGAGAAAAAUUAAAAUAAUAUUUCUUGAAUUUGUGGAAUCUAUCAGUGCAUGGAAAGUGGAGAUAUUAAUUGAUGGACUUCUUCUAUUGCAUUACCUUCAAAGUGUUCAGAGCUCAGCUGAUGUACAGCUUGAUAGGCCAAAGUCUCAAUCAGAGGCCAGUGUUUCUUUAUCACAAAUUCCAAGGAAGGAUCUUAAAUCUUUAGAGGUUUAUCCCGGAUUUGUUACUUCAUUUCAUGACCCCUCCAGUUUUUUUGUUCAGCGCACAUGCUCUCUUGAUACGAUGGACACUUUAUCACAGUUGAUGCAACUACCAGAUGACCUUACCCCUCUAGCUGGUGAUCUAGUAAAACCAGGUUCUCCAUGUCUUGUACAGUCAUUUGAUGAAAAAGAGUGGUGCAGGGCAGAAAUAAGGAGCAUUAACAGGAAUUUUAUUUUAUUGUACCUGCUUGACUAUGGAGUUGACAAAGUCAUUCCUUACUCAGAUUAUGGAAAGCUGAAAAGGAUUCCCGCAGAACUUUCUUGCCUCCCAGCACUGACCUACCAUUGCACACUACAUGGUGUGAGGCCAGAUAAUGGAAACUGUUGGUCCCAAGAUGCCAUUAGAUAUUGCAUCAGUUUUGUUCAAAACCAGGACUUGAUCAUUUUGCCUGUUAAAAAGCUUGGAAAUAGCAAUUUGGAAGUAUCUGUUUAUGGCCAAAAAAAUCUGGCCUUUGAUUUAGUUAAAAGGGGUCUUGCUAAGGUUGCUGAAGACAGUGAAAAAUCGGAAAUAAUGUGCAAUUCUCCCUCAUUUGUCUCAAAAGCUAAUCAGAAUUUAGAAAAUGUUGACCACGGUGGACAUUCAACCAACUUUGAGCGCUCUUCAUGCAAAGAAAAACGGGGUCCUCCAAGACUAAAUGUAUAUAAAGAGUUGAGACAGGAUAGUAAGGCUGAUGCUCAACUUCAGCAGAACUUCAGGAAUAAUGCUAGUCAUCUUUCCCCAAAGAAAAUUUGAAUUUCCGGAGACUGUCAAAGAAGUUAUUACACAAGUUAAUUUAAUAUGAAUGUUUCUGUAAAGGAAAGAGUGGAGUGAUUGACGGGGCAUACAGUGAAACAAAUACUCGAUUCCUUUCCAAUUUUUUGCUGUUGAUUAUAUGAUGGACUAAGGUCACACAUACAUUUUUGCAGUUUAGUUUUGUCAUGUAGUGUCUAUGAUCUUCAGUAUUA